AUGUCACAGGGUACACAACCUUUCGGUCUUAGCCUGGGAGCGACCACAAGUUCAUCACAACCUCCGCAGCCUACACAGCCUGCACAGCCUUUCGGUCUUGGGUUUGGAGCGACGACAAGUUCAUCACAGCCCGCGCAGGUAGCACAGCCAGUGCAGCAACCACAGCAGAACACCCAAAACAACCAACAGGCGACCGGCGGUUCCAGUCAAUCGGCAUAUUUCGAUCACCUCCUGGAACGAGCCCGAAAGAACAACAAAAACAAUGGCGUCUCGCAGUUCGGGGAGCUGCCGAACCUCCAAUUGGGGCUGGCGGACAUCGCCCGGAAAGUGCGAGAUCUGGGGACGGGCGGCCCGGCGGAAGCUGGAGCACCGGGAACGAACGCGUAUGUACAAUAUCUCCUCGCUGCUUCGGGCGUGUCAGUCGCGUCUGCCUUGCGCGAUCUGAACGACGUCACUGCGCGAUCGGGAACAAACGUCGCCGCGCAAGCUGCCAACGAACCGGACGCCGAUAUCGACGCCUAUGUCGCCGGCCUCCAUGCGCAAACAACGUCCGACCUCAUCACGCAGAGUUUGGAGCAAUCCAAACGGGACUUCGAUGCGUUUUUGGAGGAAAAUGUUCAGAUGGAAUGGGAUGCUCAGCGACGACGCAUCUAUGAGCACUUUGGCUUGGUUGGUGCAAGGGAAGAGGAUGGUAGUGUCGACGCGUCACAGAGUGGUUUUGGCAGGUCGUCCCGGAGAAACAGACCAUUGGCAGCCUCUACAUCGGUAUUGGAUCUUGGUCAGAACGGCAUGUCCAUUCGAAAAUCGGUCAUUGGAAAUGCGGGAAAGCGAACACUUCGUGGAUCCGCCCUGGGGGAUCUCCCCAAGGAAAACUCAGGAAACAACCUUGCCUCCAUCGGUGGCGAUGCCAGUGCACAUUUCCAACGGAACAAGCAAGAGAAAUAUGGCCAGAAGGUAUCGGAGCUCAAUCAGGCUCGGAUCGGUGAGUUGACAUACCCGCUCCUAACCCAGUUCUGCGAGGUCGAAGCUCAAUCCAACGUGGACGAUACCUCCUAUUUGGUAGAUUCCUACAAAUCGCUCAUCGAAGGUACGGAAGAGUCAGCGGUGCAGACGUCGCUGGAUCAACCGGGCGCCAUACGGGAGCGGAAAUUUGCUCGGCUAUACUUGAGCGAUGAUGCGCAACGAUCCAUGGACAUUCGGAAGCGAAUUCUCAACGGAUCGAGGAAGUCGCUAGAGAACAAAUUCCUCGCGCACGUCGACGCAACCAUCGAGCGCAACCCGAAGGAGGCAAGGCUUGGAGGCAUCCCUACGAUUCUCAACCGUGUCCGAGCAUACAUCCGAGUCGCCACCUACCAAAAGGAGCUGGGUGCUGAAGUGGAGCAACUCCAGACUCUCAACGACGAUUACCUGUGGGUUCUCAUCUACUACCUCAUCCGGUGCGGCCUGGUCACCGAAGCGGCUCAGUAUGUCCAAGACAGCCAACGGGCCAUCGUGGGAAUCGACCGCACAUUUCCCCAGGUCAUGUCCGCCUACGCCAAUGACCCCGAGCGAACGCUGCCUCCUGAUUUAGCGCUUCGCCUUCGCCAAGAGUGGAACCGGCAGUCUAGCUAUCCCACGGAGCAAGUCGAUCCGUACCGGAUGGCAUGCUACAAAGUCAUUGGCCGCAUCGAGCUCGAGCGACGCACGUUGCCAAACAUCAACAUGAGUCAUGAGGACUGGAUCUGGCUGCAGUUUGCUCUGGCGCGGGAGUCGCGGCCCGAACAGGAGCUUGCGGCCAAUGUGUUCGACCUGGCUGCAUUGCGACAAACCGUGGUCGAUAUUGGGAAUCGGCACUUCAAGGCCGGCGCGGACAACAUCGAAAGCCCGGGCACGUUCUUCCACCUGCAGAUGCUCGUUGGCAUGUACGAGCAAGCGGUCGCGUGGCUCUACGACUUCAACCACGUCGCGGCCAUCCACUUCGCCAUCGCGCUGGAAUACUACGGACUACUUCGCGUUUCCGAUUUCAACCAGUCCGAGCUCCUGGGCUUCAGCACGCGAGAGGAACCGCAGAUCAACUUCGCGUUGAUGGUCGGCCACUACACGGGCGACUUCCGCUCCGCCAAACCCGAGCUCGCCGUCGACUACCUCACCCUCAUCUGCCUCAAUUCCGACCUGGAAGGCGCGCUCGGCGAGCGACAGUCGCAAAUCUGCCUCGAGGCGCUGCGCGAACUCGUCCUCGAGACCAGGGAGUUCGCCCUCCUUCUCGGCGACAUUCUCGCCAACGGGGAACGCAUCCAGGGCGCGAUCCAACGGCGCUCGAGGCUCAUCCGCAUUCAGAACGAAGAUACCUUCCUGCAGUUCAUCACCUCCCAAGCCGCCGCGGUGGCAGAAGACUGCGGCCGCGUCACCGACGCCGUACUCCUCUACCAUCUCGCCGAAGACUACGACAGCGUCGUUUCCGUCCUGAACAAGACUCUAUGCGAAGUCAUCUCCACGGAGCUAGGCCAAGAGCGAAUCCGACUGAUCCCGCCGAAGCCGCGUGUCCAGACACCCGGCGAAGCGAAACCGGAGCUGCAGAGCUCAUUAAGCCUGACGACGGUGGACGACCCGUCGAUCCUGGCCGAUAGUAUCCGGCGGUUGUACAUGAGCAGCCAGGAAUUCUCCCGGCGGAUCACGAAGUCCAACUGGGAGAUACUGGGGCGGAUGGUGAUGCUUGCGAAGGCGCGAGAUCUAGUCAAUCAGGGAAAUUGGGAUGGCGCUCUCAUGGUCACUAAGCAGACUAAUCUCCUCCCGCUCUCCGCGCAAGGCGACAUCGCCGCCAUCCGUACCGCUGCGAACAACUUCAAUGCGUACCCCGAACUGUUGGCGCGCACCGUCGGCCCGCUGCUGCUCUACACCAUCGUCGCGUGCGGGCAGGAGCGCAAGCGGCUGCGGGGGUCGCCGUACUUCGACGCGACAAAGGUGACGCGCGUGGAGGAGUUGGGGCAGGACGCGCGGGAUCUAAUGGUGUUUGCGGGGCUGGUGAGGUAUCGGUUGGAGGGCCGCGUGUUCGAGGCGUUGGCGAGGGCUGGGGGAGAUGCGGAGGUGGCGUGA